UGACGUAUCACGAAAUUGUCAAAGCUAUUCGCAAGAACCAAAUAAAUUUCGUUAACAUGACUGAACCAAAUUGUCCUGUAUCGGUAAAACGAAGCAAUUGUGUUAUUUGUCUGGAACCUGUACUUGGAGAACCUAAAUUUUUGACGUGUGCUCACAGUUUUCAUUCCGACUGUAUAGACAGGUGGUUGGAAUUGAAAGAUGAAUGCCCAACGUGCAGACACCGGCUAGACGAUAGUGAACCCAGUGAAUCUUCGUCUGAUGAAGAGAUACAGUCGAUUGUAGACCUCACCGUUCUUUACCGACCGGAAUCAGAAUCGAAUUCACUUGUCGAGGACAAUUCAGAGGAGGAAGAGGAGGAACAAUCCGUUCCGAGCUUGGAAAGUUUCUCAGAUGGGGAUGAAGAGCCCCGUGAACAAUCAGAGCCAGAUAGUUCAAGCGAUGAUGAUGAAGGACCGGUAUAUCGAUACCCUGUGAAUCAUUCAAGAAGGCAACAGCGGCGCUCAAGAGGACCAUAUUCGAGAUCUCGAUAUAAUUGAUUGUUAAAUGGAUACAUUA